CGGAACCAUAGAAUAAAGCCACUGCUGCCCCCGCAGAACUAUUGAGAGGAUUGUGGGAUACUGGAAGAUAAAUCCUGCUGAUGCUGCUGCCUGCCAUGGCGACGGGAGCGCGCUCUAUGUUUGUUUGUAUAUCAGUUUUGUUUCUUGUGUUGUUAAAAACCAGACUUUACUCUUGUCAACAGUUUGCCAUACCCUUUCAACAGCCCUCACACUGCGGAAGUGAAAAAUACUUUGAUAUUUCUAGCUUGUCUUGCGUUCAGUGCGAAAUAAACCAAGUGAGAAGUGUUUCUGGUACUUCAUGUGUUUGCCAAGUUGGACACAGAAUGGUAUUCAAUAAUGGAGGAGCUAUAACAUGUCAAAAAUGCCCAAGUGACAGCAAACCGGGAGUCACUCAGGAUGGUUUUGGCUGCAUCAGAUGUCCAGGAGGUUUAAAUACUGAAGGAAAAUGCCAGUGCCCACCAGGAAGUAUAUUAGUGGAACGGAACAGAAAUGGAAUGUUAUUGGAUGAAGGCAUUUGUGAAGCCUGCAAUGGUUUUGAGCCGUCCUUCGCAGUCCCUAAUCUUUUUGGAGACAGGUGUGUCAGGUGUCAAGAAACAUAUAUUAACACAACCAACUCUUGUACGUGUGGCCAGACAAAUAUACCUGCAGGAGGUUUAUGUUUCCCUCAAAAUAAUUUGCCAACAACAGUUGUUUCAGUUGUCAACUAUGCACAGUUGGCCAUAUCUGUGCAGUCGGUGUGGUUUGCCCAAAAUGUGCAAGCUGUAGCUGCUGCAUGUCUGAUGUAUUCCAACCUGACUGCUUGCCAAGCUCUUGGCAAUAUGUGUGUAAUGAAUCUGAAUUCGUUAAGCUCUGUGAAUAAUGAUGCCUGUGGACUGUUUAAUACAGUAUAUAGAAGCACUGCAGCGCUAGGUUCUGUUCAGAUGAUAUCCUUUUGGAGGGCGAAUCUUCCGUGGUUGUACUAUGGUGAUCAGGCUGGAUUAGCAUCCCGAAUUCUUUCCGCAGAGCCAUUUCCAACCAGCUUUAGUUUUAAGGGUACAGCUCAGAAUACAAAUAUUCAGUUUACAGCUGCUGUGUACAAUACGAAAGGGGACUUCCUGAAGUGGCAGAAUGUCAAAGGAGGCACUUUGCAGCUUUGUCCAGACACAGUUAUCAGGCUGAAUGCUGCCUAUAGAUUUGGAACCACAUACCGACAAAGUUGCCAAAUUCCACUCUCAAAGAUUUUAACUGAUUUUCCAGAGCCAAUGUUUUAUGAUAUUUACAUGGAUUUUAUUUCUGGAAAUGGACAGAAGAGUCUUUGGGCUGUGCCUGUUCGAAACUUGAACCUUCAAUAUAAUGGGCAGUUUGUAAACCAAGGUGACAACUUGAACAAUUGGUAUUUGACUCGUCGUAUUUUCUUGGUGGAUACUUUAAGUGGGCGUGAAAACACAUUGGCUAACCAGCCAAAAGUAAUACGUGUUGCCACAAAAAUAACCAUCAGUAUCCAACUUGAGCCUAAAACUAAAAAAGGAGUCAUCAACACACCACUGAUGACUGUUUCUUACACUGACGUUCUUGUGUCAGCUCCCGACACUCAAUCUGUUUCAGUAUCCUUCUCCGUUGAAUAUGAAAUGAACCAGAGUGAAGCUCAGGUCCAGACUGAUGUUGCUCUGGGUGUCCUUGGUGGCAUGGCAGUUUUGAACUCCCUGUUAAAGACUGUUAGUUGGAAAAGGCGAGUUGGAUCACCAUUAAUUGAUCUCCAGAAUGUUCUGAAGUUUUUGCUCUUUUUCGCUGGAGACAUGGCAAAUGUUUUCUUUGUUGUAACUGUUGGCACUGGACUCUAUUGGCUUAUUUUUUUCAAAGCACAACAGUUUGUCACAGUUCUUUUACCUUUACCUGUGCAAGAAAACAGAUUUGUUACUUAUGUUGGAUGUGCAUUUGCCCUAAAGGCAGUUCAGUUUCUACACAAAAUAAUAAACCAUGUGUCCAUAGACAUCUUCUUUAUUGAUUGGGAGAGACCUAGAGGGAAAGUUCUCAAGACUGCUGAAGGUAACGGUGAUAUGAAAUCUGCACCUGCCCCAGUGAGCAUCUGGAGGACUUACUUUGUUGCAAAUGAAUGGAAUGAACUUCAGACCUUACGGAAAAUCAACCCAGUUUUUCAAAUCUUUGCUGUCCUUUUCUUUCUUGAGGUGGUUGGCUUCUCAAAUUUGGCACUCAUGGAUCCUUCUUCUGAUCUGAGUAGAGACCCCCAAAGCUAUCAAGCCCCAUGGAGUCUCAUUCUGAGAUAUGGUGUAGCAACAUCUGUGUGGCUAGUGAUUGGAUUUUUACAAGUGAUUUUCUUCACAGUGUUCUAUGAAACAUUUGUAGAAGAUAAAAUUAGACAGUUUGUGGACUUGUGUUCUGUGAGCAAUAUCUCAGUGCUGCUCUUCUCAAACAGAUGUUUUGGGUAUUAUAUUCAUGGACGCUCAGUGCAUGGUCAUUCAGACACCAAUAUGGAAGAGAUGAACCUCAACCUGAAAAGAGAGGCGGAAAACCUUUGUGGUCAGAGAGGUCUGCUACCAAGCACUGACAUUCAGACAUUUCAGGUUUCCAUAACAAAUAAAAUGAGACUGCAGUAUGAUAGAAUCCGUGAGCCUUUAUCUAGGAGAACAGGUCCUUCUCGUUUGUUGGAUUCAUCUGCAAAUCCAUUUGAACAGAGCACCAAGGCCUACCACACUAUGAACAUGUUUCUGGGCUCAUUUAUUGACCAUGCACACCGAGAAAUGGAUUACAUUGUUAAAGACAAGUUAUUCAUGGAAAGAGUUAUUGGAAUUGAAUUUAUGGAGCCAAUUGAGAAAAGCUUAUUUUACAAUGAUGAUUCCCAUUCGUUUAGUGAUGUUCUCUACUAUGGAAAUGAAGCCACUCUACUUAUUUUUGACACACUGUUUUUCUGUAUUGUGGAUAUUGGCACUCAAGAUUUUGUCGUGGCUGCUGUGCUAACCUAUGUACAACAAAAGGUCUUUCAGUUGAUUUGUAACGCAACCGGACAGAAAAACUUGGCUUCAAAAACUUUGGUUGAUGAAAGAUUCUUAAUAUAGUUAUUAUUACACAAUAUACAAAAUAAGCUCUUCAAGAUAAAAACUGUUACUGUUCUUUAAAUCCAGAUCAACACUGUCAUGCCUACUAAGCGAUAAACAGCACAAGCACAAUUUUAAGGUGAAACCUAUAAGAUACUAAGGAUUUAAUUUGAUCAACUACUCCAGCGUGGUCCCUUGUACUUUUAAAAUGUUUUAUGAAAAAAAAACAACAUCUGUGGCUUGUAUAGGCUGAUCAAAUCAACCUCUAAGACAAGAAGGUCUAUGUGUGGCAGUUUUCAAUUGAGACAUCGGAUUUUAGAACAAAGUUAGUUGAGCAAUUAGUCACUACAUUUAUGAUUUUCUAAUUCGUGCUUGUGCUGUACAUUGUUUGGUGGGCCUGACUAUUGUAUCUGUUACACUUGUCUGUUUAUAGACUGGCAUUUUUAUUCAGUUUUUCUAUUGCUUAAUAUUGUUUUACACGGAUUGGAUAAAGUUUAUUUUAA